ACCCUACUUUGUUUGAGAAAUUUCACCUAUCAUAAUGUAAGGCCAAUAUUGAUGGUAAAGACGAUAUACUCAUCACAUUAAAUGACUUGGAACUUUUUAUUUCUAUCAACGGAGGAGAGAUAAACACUCAAAACACUGAAACACUGUACGUGCGUCUUCAAUCAUCUGGUUUCCUUAGCUAUCUUUGCAUUCUCUGCUCUCUCAUCUCUGUCUCGCACGAGUAUGGAAGCUGGAAAGGUGUUAGAAGUUCUCUAUACUUUUCCUGUCGAGGGAAUACUGAACAAGCUGGCUUCACUUGCUGCUCAAGAAAUAAGCCUGUUCCGGGGAUUCAAAAAGGAACUAACAAAGCUUCGUCAAUCAUUACUCGAGAUUCAAGAUUUCUUAGGCGAUGUUGCCCACCAGCCACAAGAACGAGGCAAGGCAUUGAAGGACUGGGUGAGAAAACUGAAAGACAUAGCUGAUGAUGCUGACAAUGUCUUGGAUGAAAUCAACUAUGAAGAUCUUCGCAGGCAAGUAGAACUGUCAAACCAAAAGAGGAAAAAGGUACGCAACUUCCUUUCCAGCUCCAAUCCCCAUUUGUUUCGUCAAAAAAUGGCACAUAAAAUCAAGAGCAUCAACGCAUCUUUGUUGGAUCUCAAAUAUGAGGCAUCUUUCAUUGGACUAGUUUCCAAGAAAAUAGAUCCAACCCCUCCAGAAAUUGGAGGGGCCAGAGAAACCGACUCAAUCUUUGAGGAAGAUGAAAUCGUCGUUGGAAGGAAUGAGGAUCUGUCAAAGAUAAUUACAAUCUUGACAGACUCCAACUUGGAUCAAGAAAAUCUUUCAGUAAUGCCCAUUGUCGGAAUGGCAGGCCUGGGGAAGACAACUGUGGCUAGGUCACUAUUCAAUAAAGAUUCUAUUGGUGGACAUUUUGAGAAGAAAAUAUGGGUGUGUGUAUCUAACACUCUUGAGGUCAAUUCGAUUUUAAGUUGGAUAUUAGAAUAUCUUAACCCAACAAAGGCUGGGAUACAACGCCUAGAUGCAUUGCUUAAAAACCUAAUACAAGAAUUGGAAAAAAAGAGAUUUUUUCUUGUGCUUGAUGAUGUGUGGAACGAAGAUCCUCAAAAAUGGAGCAAUUUGAUGACUUGUUUGUCAAAACUUCAUAGUGCCCAGGGAAGCGUUAUUAUAGUCACUACGCGCAGUGCCAGUGUUGCAUCAAUCACGAAAAAAGUACUUCCAAUGUAUGUUUUGAGAAGUCUAUCUGUUGAUGAUUGUUGGGACAUAUUGAAGAAAAGAGCAUUUCCAGAUGGUAAUGCUCAUAUUGCAAAAGAUCUAGAAACAAUUGGAAGGGAGAUUGCCAGAAAGUGUGCUGGUAUACCUUUAACGGCAAAGGUUUUGGGAAGCAUGAUGCGUUCUAAAUAUAGUAUCGAUGAAUGGUUGGAAAUUCAAAAAAGUAAGAUGUGGGAAUUACCAGAAGGAGAUGAAAGAAUAAUGUCAAUUUUGAAGUUGAGUUUUGAUAAUUUGAAAUCACCUUCUUUGAAACAGUGUUUUGCAUAUUGCUCAAAUUUCAAGAAAGAUUUUGAAAUGGAAAGGGCAGACUUGAUCCAGCUAUGGAUGGCUCAAGGAUUUCUAUGUUCUUCUGAUAACAAAGAUAUGGAGGAUAUAGGUGAUGAAUAUUUUACGAUUCUGUUGCAAAACUCCCUCUUUCAAGAUGUUAUAAGGGAUGACUUUGGUACUAUUAUCUAUUGCAAGAUGCACGAUCUUGUACAUGAUCUUGCUGAGGUUGUAUCAAGAUCUGAAAUGGAAGAUAAACUUGAGAAUCAACACGUGGCAUGGGAUCCUUCCAAAAGUUCCGAAAGAAAUGUUGAGAAGCGGCGGUCACUGUUUGUGAAUGGUGAUCAAGCCCUUAGUAUUAAUACAUUACUUAUGAGCUUUAAGGCUUUGCGUGUUUUAAAUUUGUACCGGGCUGAUAUUGAGGAGCUGCCAAGUUCAAUUGGCGUCUUGAUACAUUUGAGGUAUUUGAACGUUUCUCGAACAAAAAUCAAACAACUCCCUAAGUCCAUUGGCAAGCUUUAUAACCUACAAACGUUAAGAAUGGAGGAUACAUGGAAUCUUAAAACGUUUCCAAAGGAAAUGGAAAAUUUGAUAAACUUGAGGCAUGUUUAUUUUGAUUAUGAUAUGCCAGUUCCAUUUGGGAUGGGACGAUUGGAACAUCUGCAAACAAUUUCUCCUUCGUUUACUUUGGACAAGGAAAGUAAUCGUGGAAUUGAGGAGCUGGGUGGCUUAAACCAACUAAAAGGUGCACUAAUUAUUAGAGGUUUGGAACAUGUGAGGGACAGAGGCCAAGCAGGGGCAUCAAAUUUAGUUGGGAAAGCAAAUCUACGAAGGUUGACAUUAGAAUGGAGCUUUUAUUACAGUGUCAGAAAAGAGAAAGACAUUGAUGUACUAGAAGGCCUCCGACCCAACUCUGAGUUAGAAAUCAUAAAGAUUGACAAAUUCAUGGGUGCUAAAUUAGCAUCAUGGAUGAUGAAUGGUUUGUUGCCACUCAAUUUGACAGAGAUUGGGUUAAUUAAUUGCAGAGAAUGCGAACAAGUCCCAUCACUUGGCCAUUUACCAAAUCUUAGGCUUGUUGAGUUUAGCAGUAUGUAUAAGCUUAAAUGUGUGGGAGUUGAGUUUUAUGGUUAUAACCAUGUUAACGGUGCGGCUAUGAGUAGGAAGAAGAAAGAGACUUUGUUUCCAGCAUUGAAAAGCUUAACUAUUGAUUAUUGCCCAGCUCUAAUUAAAUGGGAGGAACUGCCAACAGAUGAGAAAGUAGCGGUGUUUCCCUGCCUUGAGGAGUUGACUAUAAAGUUUUGCUAUAGUCUCGAGUUCAUUCCAAUUACCCUGGGCAAGGGCAUGUCAUGUCUCCGCAAAUUGCAGAUUCAGUUUUGUCAGAAAUUAUCAACCUUGCCGACUAGCUUAGAAUAUUGCAUCUCUCUUCAGGAGUUGGAGAUUCGGGGUUGUCAUGGAUUGACAAGUCUACCGAGUGGGCUGCCAUCCUGCACAUCUCUUAAGGAGUUGAGAAUCGAGUCAUGCGACAAUUUGAUAUCUCUGGCAGAUCUCGAUAUAUCCAGGUUGCAGUCUCUUUCCUCUUUACAUAUAUUUAAUUGUGGGAAAUUAAACUAUUUGCCAAUUGAGGGGCUACGCUCUCUUACGUGUUUAGAAUCUAUGAAAAUGGGUCCGUUUUCGGAGGAGCUCGAUUCUUUCCCUGAUUUUGAGCUUCCAUCACAAAUCCAAAGACUAGUGAUGAAAGGGUGGCCUAAUCUUAGGCCCAAGUCUCUGCCUCAACAAAUUCAACACUUGACUACUUCUCUAACAUCUUUGGAGAUUGAUUCUUUCGAUGGUGUGGAGGCUCUUCCAGAGUGGUUGGGUAACCUUACAUCUCUUACCACCCUGAGUAUCACUCAGUGUAAGAAUCUGGUGUCUCUUCCUGCCUUCGAAGUUAUACAACGCCUCACCAAACUACAAGAGCUAGUGAUUGAGGCAUGUCCCCGUCUAGGGGGAAGAUCCGCCCUCAAGAGCGGCCCAGAAUGGCACAAGAUUUCUCACAUCCCACGUAUCGAUGUUGACGGAUGCGAAUCAUCGGAAUCUUUUAGUGAUGAUGAUUCGACCCCUUCACAAACUAGCUAGCACAGUUGGACCACGAAAAGGAUCUUACGCAAUUGGAAGAACAAAUAAUGCGCAUUAGGUGCAAACUUAGUCCAGGCACUUCAUUUCAGUUCCCUUUCCUCUGCAUCGUUAUUUAGUCGAGAUCAAUGCAGAAGAAGAAAGAAUUACCCUAAUAAGCAUAUCAUACAUUCCCAUCUAUCGUUAAGUAGAUACUAACCUCUGUUCAAUCUACUUAAGUUUGAUGCGCUUACACGAAUAGGGGAUGGGGAUUUAUUUGCUAUAGAUCCUUGCAUGAGGUAGUUGAAGGUGUCCAUCAUAUGGAUUUGUGAAGCUGAUCAACCACGAUGUGUCAUGGCAAGCACAAACUGAUAAGGAUGAAAUAUGGUGGUUUGCAGGAAUCAUGAGAGAAUAUUGAUACAGACCAUUAUGUGUUGGCUGCCAGUGGUAGUAAUCUUGUAUGAGCUAGUUCUUUGCUUGUUAUGGCUGAAGAUCACAGGGUAGCCAAAAAUCAAGUCUCUACCUCAACAACAAAUUCAACACUGCACUUGUAUACAAGAUUUGUAUAUACAGGAUUUCGACAGCGUGGAGGCUCUUCCAGAGUGGUUGGGGUAACCUUACAUCUCUUACCCAUCUGAGGAUUAAGGCGUGUGAGAAUCUGGUGUAUCUUCCUGCCGUUGAGGUUAUGCAAUGCCUCACCAAACUUGUUACAUGUCCCGGUCUAGGGGGAAGAUCCGCCCUCCUGAGCGGCCCAGAAUGGCACAAGAUUUCUCACAUCCCAUGUAUAUCAGUUGACCCACUCCCACUACGAACAGCCAACCUAUUACGAGCAUUCUUUUUCAAGUGGUGAUGAUUCUGAGAUUGAAUUUGGCACAAUUUGUUGGAUUUCACUUCCGGAAUAGGUGACGCGGAAUAGGGGCAAACUUAGUCCAGGUUUUGAUCAGCAUUCAUUUGCAUCUGCUUCAAUCAGUGGAGGGUUAGAGGUGCGUAAGCGGGAGAAAUAGCAGCUUGUUUAGAUUCCAAGGUGCAGAUUUUUGGGACAAGCAUCCAUUUGAAGUUUAAAGCGUCCUUAGAAGUUGUUUAUAAAAAUUUGAUGAUCUGGAGGGUUUACUUGAGUGAUGAGGGAACCUUGCAGUUGUUGAUGAACUAUUUGUAUCUGUGAGGAUUUACUUGAGUGAUGAGUAUCUACCGGCAGUUGAAGGCUCCGAAAACGUCCCCAAAACAAAAGGAUGCACCGAGAAGAGCCGCCCAAGUCAAGUGGCAAAGAUUUUGUCAUAUUUCCAAGAGUCAAGUGCAAGGAGAUAGUGCAAUCAAUACUCAUAUGCUGUCUAACCUUUUGUGUACAACGUGUGGUUCAUAAUGCAGGUUUCAGCUAUAUAAAUGGUCAUGGACUCCUGCAUGGUUGUAUAUCAAAGAGAACAAAGGCCUCUGCUCCUAGUCUUAUUUGAUAGCAUGUCAUUUACCUAUGCUAUUGCAAGACUCAGAGUCGAGAUUGAAAAAGACUCAUGCACGUGAUGUGCCUGUGGUCUAGAACUUAUUGCUUUGGACAAAAUGGGUCAACUUGUUUGUUGUUGUGGUGCAGUUUAAUUUGGAAAAAUGUUUUUCAUCAACUUCUAAGAGAAGCACGUCUCGUAGAGAAUACUUUUCCUGGCUAGUCAAGCUCUGCGUCCUGUCUCUUCAAAGAAAGAUAGUUGAAGUGCUUUUAUGAUUGACCUUUGGAUGUACUUGCUACUUGGGGUUCUAUUUCUAUAGGGAAUAAUGGAAUGACAGAAGCGAGAUAAAUUUAGUUUGAUGGUGAGAACCUAUUUGCUCUUUCUUGUCAUAUUCUUUGUACUCUUUUUCUUUUGAUUAAGUGAAUUAUGAAUGACAUCGUCACCCGUGGAUGUAGCCCAACUUUGAGUGAACCACGUUAAAUAUGGUGUUUCUUUUUGUGUUUA